UCAGUUGAUUUUGUGAAGUGAUCGUGGCACCAGAAAAAACCCAAACAAAACGAUUGCAAAAAUGUGACGGUUUUAUGAAACAACGCACCAAUUAAGCCAUCGUGACAAGUCUUUUAAUCGAUUGAGAAAGAGUUUUUAGAAUUUCAAAAGAUCUUUAAAUUUGGUGCACAAAAAAAAUUGUUUUUUAUGAACAAAACUAAACAAUUUGAGUGAGAAAAGAAAAGAAAAAGUUACUCCAAACAAUAUGAUAUUCAAAAAGAAAUUUUGGACUAUUGCAAUCACUUUGGCGUUCGUCAUAUCACGAGUGUCUGCAACCGUAAUCUCAAAUUUAAAUGUGAUAUUCGAAACAUUCGGGCCACUUUCGAUGGUGCGAUUCUUUGAAUUCAACGAUGUUGGUUGGAAUAUUAGCGAAAAAUGUAUAAAGGAUAUGUUCCUAUACUUGGACGGUUUGCAUAAAGACGUGCUGUGGGCGGUAAAAUUGUACGAUGCAAGCUCUUUUUAUUCCGGUGGGAUUAUGUCAGGAAAUAUUAUUCGACGUACGGAUCCGCAAUUAUGUCGUGAACUGAACGAAGAAAUCAACAUUUUCAAUUACCAACCAUUGGCUGGCACCAAUCGAACGGUCUACGGAAACGUGCAGGGCUACAUGAUUCCAUCGGUUUAUUUGCCAUUUCGUGUGCAAUUGGUGAAUGCACGCUACAAAAGCGUCAUUGAAAGUUCGCCAUUUCACACGUUUAUCAUCCAUCAAACAGCGUGUAUGCCAAAGUCAUGCAAUCACAAUGAUUUGUUACAAGUUAUGUCUUAUGCGAAUGUUUCACAUUUGAGAAAUAAUCUUGUCAUGAAAAAUACAGAACUUUUAGACGUACGAAUUUUAAAAGAAUCAUAUACAUACUACACAGAUUUUGCAUUUUAUAUCUUUAUUGGUCUAACAUCAAUAUUUCUUAUUUUUGGCCUGUUUGGCACCAUUUUGGAACAUCUCAUCAAUUUCGACGUAAAAAUGAAUCUUAUACAAUUUCAACAACAAGAAACAUUGAAAAAAAAUUCAACGCAAUUGACCAAUCGGUUGAACAAUCUAGCUAAUUGCACACGGAACACAUCAAAUUGUGAAAGUAAAAAAACUAAGCUGAAUUCAACCCAAAUGGGUGACUCAUUGCGAAGUGUUAAUUUGCUUCGAAUUAAGGAACUAAAAAUGGAAAAUUUGUCAUCGCUGAGUAUGGAUUUUAUAUCGGCAAAAUGUACAAAGUUUUCAUCCGAUAUGGGAUCAGUGAACGUUGAAAUGAACAAUCCCAAUGGCAAUGUUUUGCGACGAAUACUAUUGGCGUUUUCAUGGCGACGAAAUUUUGAGCUCUUAUUUAGUGAUAAACCAAAAUUUUGCAUCAGUGAGGUGAUUGAAAUCUCUGGCCUUCGUGUUCUAUGUCUACUGUGGCUGCUAUUGUACCAUGUGUGCAUCGUUUUGUAUUAUAUUUCUGAUAACAAAAUGUAUAAAUUUCGCUUGGACGGAUCAAAUUUGGUGCAAGGAAUUUUGAGCAGUGGUUCUCUUGCAGUAGAUACGCAUUUUUUUCUGUGCGGAGUUUGUGUUGCCCACAUGUUCUUCAAUCGAAUGAAAAACAUUGAUGUCGAGGCGAUCUCUUCCUGUUUCGAUACGUUGCUUCAUAUUGUUUCGAUGAUCGCGUAUAAAGUGUUCAGCAUGACAUUUCCGUACAUUGCGUCAUUACUCCUAUUGCAAAUGUGUAUGAAAUAUUUCCACGACUACGGAGUGAUCGAAAUACCGUCGAUGGAUCAUCACACAUGUGAGGCUAGUAUGUGGCGCAAUAUCAUCUACAUUGAUCAAUUUUAUCCACUGAAAGAACGAUGUAUGGUUUGGUCAUGGAUUUUAUCAAUAGAAGUUCAUUGUUUCAUUGUUGCUUGCAUCAUUCUAUUGAUUUUGAAAAAUCAUCCACGCUUUGGCAUCGUUAUCUUCAGUUCGUUCUUGAUAAGUUCAUUGAUUGCAAAUACAGCACUGCGAUUUUAUCAACACGAACCAGAAAUGAAAGUUAGCUCCAGUUUGAUUUCCGAAGAGAGCCUAACAUUUUUCAAUGGAUUUUUUUUUCAACCAUGGACCCGACUCUCGCCAUACAUUUUUGGCAUUUGUAUUGGAUAUGUUAUACAUAAGAUCGAUAGAAAGCUGGAGAUUAGCAUUGGAAUGAUGUCUUGCGGUUGGAUUUCGUGUUUCUUAUUGGUGAUUGCGCUUAUUUUUAGUAAAUCUCUCAUUUCGUUAACAACAAAUGCCAUUUUCUCAACGAUUGUCCAUAUGACGUGGAGUAUAAUUAUACUAUGGAUUAUUAUCGCAUCGAUAUCCAAACAUCGAGGUUUAAUCGGACAUUUGCUUACAUCACAGUAUCUUCUGCCUCUGAAUAAAAUGACAAACAGUUUUAUACUGAUUUUUCCAAUCGUUACACGUAUCAUCAUCUUAAGCUCAGACAGCAGCAUGCAUCUUUCGGUCGGAUUGAUGAUCACAUUUUUCUUGGGAAUUACAAUUUUAACCAUAUUUGCCAGUCUAUUGCUUUACAUGAUCUAUCAGGCCCCCAUUGAAGAUCUGUUGAGAACAAUUUAUAAUCGAAAAAUGAAAUACUAGUAUUGAGUUUUUAAAUUAAAAUUUAUUCUAAGUAACUUAACAA